UUCUGCAGGGCGGCAUUCGCCCCAUAGCCGAUUUUCUGACCCUUGAAGCACUCUCCGGGGCAGGCAUAGGUUCCCCACCGGACUCUGCGCAGAUGAAUCAUGCGGAGAUGUUGAAGACGAGGAAGGCCAAGGCGGCCACUGCUAAAGCCGCGUUGGCAAAGGCCAGGAGUGCCCCCGCCUCGGAUUCCAACUCUUCGGCCUCCGAUGCUGCCCGGCGAACGGCUGAGGGUGAGCAGCAUUUGAUCGCCACCAUGCUGGCGCAGGGGUCCGGGGCCCCAGCUCUGGAUGCGGCACUUCCCCCGCCGUCCGUCCCCACUAAGGCGGCUCCUCUGAAGGGGGCAGAAAAAGCCCCGGAGAAGAAGCAGAAGAGAGGUCGUGAGGCAGCCUCCGCCGGCCUGCUGAUUGAAGACGCCGGCUCCUUGCCUUUGAGCCGCCCAGCGGAGGAGCUCUGGAGGGAGAUGGCCCUUAAGGCCGGCCUUGAACUGCCCCCCCCCCCCCCGCUCGUCUUCUGAGGCGACGCGCGCUGCUUUGGCCGCCGCUCUUCAGUCCGGGCUUCUGGUUCUGCAGGCCGAAGCUGCCAGGGAAGCCGCCCUGAAGGAGGCCAAGUCGGCAGCUGACGCCGCCCUCCUCCAAGCCCGGGAGGCCGCUCGUCGUGCUGAGGAGAAGGCUGCGGCCAAGGAGGGUGAGCUUGCAGCUCUGCGGGCUGAGUCUCGUAGCCAGCUGGCCGGCCUGGAGAGAGCCGGCUUCAAGCUUGUCCCGGUGCUUCCGGCUGCGAAGGAUGCAGUCCCGGAGUGGCUGGUCGACACCUCCGGCUACCGGAACACCGGAGAGUUCAUGGACUCAGCCCAGGAUUACUGCGCCGGGGCCCUCGGCGACGUGUUUUCCGCAGCUCUGGCGAGGAUACCGCCCAAGCAGCGCCUGCCCCUCGGCGUCCGGAUGCUUGAGAGCUCUCCCUUAUCCCACAAGUUCCUUUAUGAGGUCGGUGAUAGCACCUUUGCAGCUGGGUACAACGAGGGGGUUAAGGCCACCCUCCCCAUCUUUGCAAGGCUGCAAGGGGCCGACUUCGAGCUGGCAGCUAACACAGAUGACGAUCUGCUGAUCCAGGCUCUCGGGAAGCUGGGGAGAGACCAGCGCCGUGCGGAGGCCAAAGCUAGAGGGGAGGUUCCGGAGCCCCCGACCCCCGAGCCCGAAGCUGAAGAAGAGGAGCAGGUCCCGGGCAACGGCCGGCCAGAGUCCUCCUCCCCUGUAUAGCAUCGUUUGUAAUCUUGUUUUGCAUUCUUGUUAUUUUUGUUCCGUACUUGUAAUGUCCAGCCGUUAGAGCUGAGGAAUACACAA